CAUGGAGCCUGAGUGCGCUGCCCGGCCGGGUCCCGUCUCUCUCCCCCCCCACACUCCUCUACGCUCUUUCGUCUCUCUCCGGGCGGUGCUGCCGCUCCCCACCCCCCGUGUCCUGCGGCCUGGGCGGAGCAGGUGGCGGCUGAGGAGGCCCCCGGCGGGGGAAGAUGGCGGCCGGCCCGGCGGGGAGGGCGAACGGCAGGAACGCUGUAGCUGCCCGCCCGCCGGCGCGCUCCGUGGGGAGCCUGCCCGGCGCCAUCUUGGGCUGGUGACCGGGCGCGCCGGAGAGAGGGACAAAAUGGCCGAGGGCGGCGGGGCCCUGCCGCGGCGUGGCUCCGGCGGGGAUGCCGCGGCCCUGCCCCGACAGUGGCGGGACAUGGGCUGUGGCGGGGCCGGCUGCGCUCCACAGGGCCUCCCGCCGUGGGUGCGCGGCCCCUCAGGCUCCUCCGAGUGCGCAGCCGGAGGAGCUCUCCUCCUUCUCUAUCCCGCCAGCCCGGUUAGGGUUAAUGUUGAAGAAGGAAAAUGCGGAAGUCGCCAUUUGACAAGUUUUAUAAAUGAGAAUUAUUUGAAGCUCAGGAAUAAGUGAAGCUGAAAUUUGAAAAAAAAGAAAGUGAAUGCAUGCUAAUUAUCAGACCAGAAGUCCCACUUGUAGAAUAUUGAGCAAUUUGUGUGAAGUGGGGAAGAUGAAAGAAGUCAGAAUUUGAAACGGAAGAAUGAAGA